AUGAUGUUGAUAAACAAGUGUGGAGUUCUGGAUCAAAAAGUAAUUGGGCCAAUAAACCAAAAUAAGAAGACCCGCAGCCCAUUGGAGGUACAAACGUCGGAAAGUCGUCGUCGUCGCCAUCGUCACUGCUUACAGAGAACCGUCGUCGAGAUUUCAAUGGAAAGACCUCCACCACCACCGCAGCCCCCUCCGCCGCAACCACCGAAGGAAACUCUUGCACGAGGUUAUAAAUUUGUCUGGCGUAUUCUUCUCAUUUCUAACCUUGCUCUCGGAGCAUACAUAUUUACGAGGCCAAGAAAGAAAGAGGCAAUGAAAAAAGAUAAGAAAGCUACUCUAGUUCAUGAGAUGAAAACCAUUCCUGAAUCUGAAGAACAUGAAUAUGAACCUGAGAAGAUCCCAAUUCAUGAAAAUCAAUGGUCUAAACCCUUCAAGUGGUAG